UGAGUCGCGCGUCUACAUCAACAGAGGCUUCGCGUAAACUGUAUAGAGAGAAUAUCAGAUGCAAUUUGAUAGUAGGUCACAAAACCCCUUCAAGCAAUAAGGAUCUUGUGAUUCUUGUCCAAAAUACACAAUCAUAAAAACACGCCCAUUUCUCUGGCUGUCUGGAGACGUGGCGCAGGUAAUGGAGGGUAUGCCGUUGAGCAUGGGCGGCUUGCGGACGCUGCCGUGGUAUGUGGCAGGCUCUCAGGUGCUGGGGGUGGCAUGUGUGGUGAUCACAGGUGUGUGGAUGGGGCAUUACCGUGGAGGCUACGCCUGGGACGGCUCAGCACAAGAGUUUAACGUCCACCCUCUCUGUAUGGUCCUCGGCCUGGUCUUCCUCUAUGGUGAUGCUGUUCUGGUUUAUCGUGUCUUUAGAAACGAGACUAAGCGUUCAAUGAAAAUUCUCCACGCUCUGCUGCAUAUGAUGGCCCUUAUCAUCAGUAUUGUGGGUCUGGUUGCCGUAUUUGACUUCCAUUCGUCAGCUAAGAUCUCUCAUAUGUAUUCUCUGCACAGCUGGUGUGGCAUGCUCACUUUUGUGCUGUUUUUCAUACAGUGGUUACUGGGACUGGGAUUUUUCCUUUUCCCAUGGGUCUCUGCUCAGUUGAGGAGCUGGUAUCUCCCGCUGCACGUCUUCUUUGGCCUGUUGCUGCUGACCAUGUCUGUGGGAUCCUGUCUGCUGGGAAUCACAGAGAAACUGCUCUUCAGUAUAAUGGAAACUUACUCCAGGUUUACUGGUGAGGGGGUCCUGGCGAACACUUUAGGCUUGUUGCUGGUGUGCUUUGGGGUCAUGGUGGGUUACGUGGUGACGAGAGAAGAUUUUAGGCGACCGCCGAAUCCCGAGGAGGCGGCUCUAUCCGUGCACUUUAAGACCCUGUCGGAAGGAGAAAUCCCCAGUUCUCCUUAAUGUCUUAAUACUCUCCAAAAACUGCCUUUCUGCCUUCCUACUCGUGUCCUAGCAAACCUGUCAGCCAGUUUCUCCCUUUGCAGUCUCCCCCAUCCUUAACAUUUAAGUUACUCAGCAACAGACACCAAGAAGUUAUGACAGGAUUAAAUUGU